AUGGACACAGAAAAUGUGAGUAAGGCCAGAACAGGAAGGAUCUGCCUGGAGGGUGAUGAGCAGUGUCUAAAGUUGGAGAAGGCGGCCACGAAGAUCCAGGCAUGGUGGCGCGGCAGCCACGUGCGCCAGACGCUGCUGCAGGCGGCGCUGCGGGCCUGGGCCAUCCAGUGCUGGUGGAGGGCGCUGCAGGCCCGGACGCUGGAGCAGAGGCGCCGCCUGGCGCUGAGGCUGUACACCUGCCAGGAGUGGGCGGUGGUGAAGGUCCAGGCGCAGGUCCGCAUGUGGCAGGCCCGCAGGCGUUUCCUGCAGGCGCGCGAGGCCGCCUGCACCAUCCAGUCGCACUGGCGCUGGCAUGCCAGCCAGACCCGAGGCCUGAUCCAGGGCUGCUACGAGGUCAAGGCCAGCCAGCUGGAGCUGGACAUCGAGAUCCUCGUGACCUAG